AUGGACUUGGACCUAAACCUACAUGCGAAAUACUUCCUAAACACAAUAAAAGAAAAAUUAGGAAACAACUCUCCAAAUAGCAGCGUAUCUAGUAAGUAUGAAUCCAUUUUUAUCAGUGCCAUUUUUUGGGUUCUAAGCGGACUCACAAUAGUAAGGAAGAACAGAAAGAGCCUCGAUGAGGUGCUCGACAGGAAGGUAAUAGAUACCCUCUACUCCAUAGUAAUGCACUGUUUGGAGAAAAAAAAAAUUAAGCAAAAAUAUAUUUACAAGUUAAAAAAGGAAAAGCACUUUUUAUCAAAUGAGGAUAUUGACCAAAUAGUUGGUAAGUCGAAAAGUGACCCUAACGGUUUUUACGCGGUGGUUUGUGCCAAGGGGGAAGACAGUGGAUUACCAUCUCAGUGUGAAAAUGUCACGAUUGGUCAUAGCCCCAUUGGAGGAAACAUCCCCCAAAUGGAAAAUGAUAACUUCACAAAUGAAGGGAAACCACAUGACGGCUUAGGAUGCUUAAACUGCGUAGGUGCCGAAGGGGGAGGAUCUAAAAAGACGUAUGACGAAAUGGCAGUUUUAACCGAAGGAAGUAAUGCCAAACGGAUGAUAGGUAGCCCAGAAUGUGCAAACCGAGUGGAAGGGGAAGAGUCUAACAGAAUGGUGAAGACGAUACCUGUGGGCAAAAGAAAAAAAAAGAGAUUUCAUCUAAGUGGAUUCAGUCCAUGCAACAAAAGCAGCCUAUACGAAGCGAACGUAAUAUCCACCCUAAGCGCCAUCCAAAUAUUAUUUUUGUUGAACAAAAUAAGUGAAGAAGAUAUAAGCACGAAAAUGAUUCUGGAGAUAUACAAUUUUGUCUACUUCCUUUUUGAUGAGAAAAAAGGUUUCUACCAUUUCUCACUGAGCAGUGCAAGGUUUCAAUUCGAUGGCGAUAUGCGUUUCAUGUUCUGUGCCUUAUCAAUUUUAUAUUUUUUAUCCCUUCUAUUGAAAAAGAGAAAUAUUCGUAUCAGUUUGUAUAACAAUGACGAGAGAUGUGCCCACUGGAUAUUAACCUGUUUGAAUUUGGAUGGAGGUUUUUCUAAUGUCCCUGGGUCAGAGUCACAUGCGGGCACGACAUUUUGUGCGAUCAAUUCUUUAAAUUUGUUAAGGGUCAGGGGUAGUGGCAACUACUUGUCAGGUAACAGCCUCUUACGGGGGAAACUAAUUAGAUGGCUCUGCGAUAGGUAUGACAACAUGGGCAUUAACGGACGUGUUGGAAAGGACCACGAUGUCUGUUACGCGUGGUGGGUUUUGGGAAGUUUAGUUGCCCUGAAAACAAAUUUAACUAAACUGUUCAAUGUAAAUAUUUUAAUUACUUUCAUUUUGACGUGCCAAGAUAAACGGAAGGGAGGUUUUUCCAGAAUGGCAUUUAAAAACCAUGGGGGUAGAAAUAAUGCCUUUAAUUUUUAUGAGGGGCAAAAUUUAUCCCACCAAGAAGCGGACCUCUUUCAUAGCUUCUUCGCCCUCUGUGCUCUCUCACUUAUAUAUCACAAUUUUUGUCAUUAUAAAAAGAAGCACAGAAAGAAGUUUCGGCUGUUUUGUGGGGAUGUAAUUCCACAGCAGUUAGAGUCUACUCUCACCCAGAUGGUCAACGUGCAUGUGUCCUUCGCGAUGCCCGUUCGUAUGACAUUUAGUGCACCUGUUCCCGUAGAACAUUGCGUGUGCCGUAGAUAG